GAGAUAAGUGCCCUUUAAUAUCACAUUAGACGUCUUGUCAUGUGAUUGCCAAACUUUGAACAUUGAAACUUUUCUGUGGAGUUAACCAGCCUGUGGUGUACAAGCCAACCUUUGAACAUUGACACUUUUCUGUGGAGUUAACCAGCCAGUGGUGUACAAGCCAAACUUUGAACAUUGAAACUUUUCUGUAUGGUUAACCAGCCAGUGGUGUACAAGCCAAACUUUGAACAUUGAAACUUUUCUGUGGAGUUAACCAGCCAGUGGUGUACAAGCCAAACUUUGGAAAGUAAUUUACGAUAUAACUGUUCAAGAUUCACGCUACACGCAUACAAUUCUUUCAAAAAAAACCAACAACGUUGAUUUGGAUAACACGGCCGCUUAUAAAUUCUUUGAUGCACAGUAAGCUUAUUUUGUAUGUGCACAGUUUCCAUAAAUAGAUUGACCUAUGAACCGAAUUGUCUAUACCAAAUCAUCUGCGGUUUUUUUAUCAUAAAAAAUGUGAAUGACCGAUGUUAUGUAAAAAAAAAAUGCUUUUGAAAAUUAUUAAAAAUGCAUUUUUUCUUUUAUUCAAAACCUGUUCAGAUUCGUUUAUUAAAAAUUGAACAAUGGCCAUUUACAUCUCAAUCAUAUCGUCAACAUUUCAUUGUUUAAUCUCUCAAUGUAAAGACUACCACUAUAUAGACAUAUGACUAUAGAUAAAUGCCUCGUUUAUCUGUUAAGACGCAUGAUUAAAAGAGAUCAAGGUUGAACAGGUGAAUUUGAAAUUUUGGUUGGUAAUAAGGACAAUCGGGGGGGGGGGGCGUCGUGACCUUUUCCGCAUGGAAUAACAAACGUUUUAUUUAUUUAAUGAAGCUAUUUAAAAACGUAUGUGGUCCUCUAGCGAUAAAAGACAAUAGACAUAUGACUAUAGAUAAAUGCCUCGUUUAUCUGUUAAGACGCAUGAUUAAAAGAGAUCAAGGUUGAACAGGUGAAUUUGAAAUUUUGGUUGGUAAUAAGGACAAUCGGGGGGGGGGGCGUCGUGACCUUUUCCGCAUGGAAUAACAAACGUUUUAUUUAUUUAAUGAAGCUAUUUAAAAACGUAUGUGGUCCUCUAGCGAUAAAAGACCUUCAAAAACGUAUGUGGUCCCCUAGCGAUAAAAGACAUUUAAAAACGUAUGUGGUCCUCUAGCGAUAAAAGACAUUUAAAAACGUAUGUGGUCCUCUAGCGAUAAAAGACAUUUAAAAACGUAUGUGGUCCUCUAGCCAUAUAAGUCAUUUAUAAACGUAUGUGACCCUCAAAUGAUAUAAGACAUAUACACUUGGGUGGUCCGCAAGUAACAUAAGACAUUUAUAAAAUUAUGUGGUCCUCUAGCAAUAUAAGACAUUGAUAAACUUGUGUGGUCUUCUAGCCAGACAAGACAUUUAUGAAAUUGUUUGGUCAUCUGGAAAUAUAAGACUUUAAAUAAUUGUGUGGUUCACUUAAAUAAAAUACUUUAUAAACAUGUGUGGUCCUCAAGCAAUAUGAGACAUUUAUAUACUUGUAAGGUCCUCUAAUGAUAAAAGAUAUUUAUAUACUUGUGUAGUCCUCCAGCGAUAUAGGAAAGUAAUAUACUUUUGUGAUCCUCUAGCGAUGUAAGACAAUUACAGAGUUGGCUGUCCUCUAGAUAAGGGGGCCUGGACUAUGUUGUUGAUGAGUUAGGUUUUCCUCUAAUUAAUGGGUUAGGUUAUCAUCUAGUAAGUGGGUUAGGUUGUUAUCAAAUUAAUGGAUUAGGUUGUCAUCUAGUUAAAGAGUUACGUUGUCGUCAAAUUAAUGGAUUAGGUUGACAUCUAGAAAAUGGGUUAGGUUGCCCUUUAGUUAAUGGGUUAGGUUGUCCUCUAAUUAAUGGUUUAGGUUGUCAUCUAGUUAAUGGGUUAGGUUGUCCUCUAAUUAAUGGUUUAGGUUGUCAUCUAGUUAAUGGGUUACGUUAUCCUCUAAUUAAUGGUCUUAGGUUGUCCUCUAAUUAAUGGUUUAGGUUGUCAUCUAGUUAAUGGAUUAGCAUGUCAUCUAGUUAAUGGGUUAGGAUGUCAUCUAGUUAAUGUGUUAGGUGGUCCUCUAGUUAAUGGGUUAGGUUGUCAUCUAGUUAAUGGGUUAAGUGAUCCUCUAGUUAAUGGGUUAAGUUGUCCUCUAGUUAAUGGGUUAGGUUGUCCUAUAGUUAAUGGGCUAGGUUGUCCUCUAAUUAAUGGUUUAGGUUUGUCAUCUAGUUAAUGGUUUAGGUUGUCAUCUAGUUAAUGGGUUAGGUUGUCCAAUUGUUAAUGUUUUAUGUUGUCCUCUAGUUAAUUCGUUAGGUUUCCUCUAGUUAAUGGGUUGAGUCGUCCCCUUGUUAAUGGGUUAUGUUUUUCUAUAGUUAAUGUGUUAAGUUAUCCUCUAAUUAAUGAGUUAGGUUUUCCUCUAGUUAAUGGGUUAGUUUGUCCUCUAGUUUAUUGGUUAGAUUGUCCUCUAGUUAUGGUUUAGGUUUUCAUCUAGUUAAUGGUUUAGGUUGUCCUCUAAUUAAUGGGGCCUUGUUUAGUUUUUCGUUUUAGUUAAGGGGACUUAGGAAGUAGGCAACCACGUUUUGAGAUAAGUUAUCUCACAACACAUUUCUGUAUUCCCUUAGAGAAUGUGCAGUAGCUGGUUGAACUUUCUGACACCUGAUAAUUGGAGAUAAUGACGUCAUUGUAACGGUUCUUCUGUUCUGUUUGAAUCGCACUGAAACUUAAACACAUACUUGUCUUCUGUGGGUGAAAUGGAAACAAAAGAUGGCAAUCAAAAUGGUAAGAAAGACAAUGCCGACAAACUGGCAACUCGGGACAAUGGAGACAAAAAUCAGGACACUGUGACAUUCCGUAACACUGCAUACAACUCAGCUAACAAUGGUGGCUCGCCUAACAGCAAUCCAGAGCAGGUGGUUCUCAGUAAGUAUGAGAAGGGGGUUCAUGACGGAAGUGAUAUGGAGGCAGCCAUUAAAAAGACGAUAUCGCAAACGUGGCACGCACCGGAUGGUGGGUAAGUUAAACAUUUGAACUUUGAACUCUAUAAAAACUUUCAUUUUGCCAAAGGAUUGAGAGUUUGUAAUAAAUGUUAAUUGUCUGAACAUGUUACCAGUAAACCAAUAGUUAUAAUAUAUUACCAGUAAACCAACAUUUACAAUGUUAUCAAAAAACCAACAUUUAUAAUAUGUUACCAGUAAACCUCUCAGUUAGAUAUGGCUUGAUUUGAUAAUCUGAUAAUCUUUUAAUCCCUUAGAUAUUGCUGGGUGAUUGUUGUAAAUGGCAUGAUUAUCUUUUAAUUCCUCAGAUAUGGCUGGAUAAUUGUUGUAAGUGGCCUAAUUAUUAGCCUCAUCGUGGAUGGCCUGACGUAUACUUUCGGCCUUUUUCUGGGAGAUUUUGAAAGAGCCUUUAAUCAGCCAAAAAGUACAAUAGCGUUGGCCAGUUCACUGCAGGUCGGAAUCUACCUCAUGAUAGGUGAGCAAUGCUAUAUAUCUACGCCAUGAUAGAUAAGCAAUGUUAUAUAUCCACCUCGUAAUAGGUGAUCAAUGUUAUAUAUCCACCUCGUAAUAGGUGAUCAAUGUUGACUUUCGGAUUUUAGUUUAAAAAUAAUUAAAUAUUAUAUCUUUAUAGAAAUUCGGAAUGUAGUUUAGGAUUAGUGACUUUGUUAAUUUAAUGAAAGUUGAGAUUGUAAGUGACACUAUUAAAAUAGUUCCUGGUCAAUGCGUUUGUGUUGAAUCUUACUGCCUUCAUAAAUUGUAUAGAGAAAUGAAAUAAAUAUUUAUCAUAUAGUUUUUUCAUUGUUCGUGUUUUUUUUUCCAAAUAAUUACAAGUAAUUAAAUCAAAUAAAUUUAGACCAAAAUUUGAUUGCAAAAGCAAAAUGUUCUCAAUCAUUAUUUAUUGAAACACAUGUUUUACACAUAUUGAUAUGUAGCUUAGGUUUGAUUUACUGGAUAGAAGCGUUUGUGUUCAAACCAAUUAAAAACAACUAUCUUGUUACAGGACCUGUGGUCAGUGUGUUGACCAACCGCUUCGGAUGUCGGGCAAUCAUUAUUGCUGGCUCAUUGAUAGCUGGCCUUGCUUUCAUUGUUAGCUCAUGGAGUCCAAACGUGACAAUGUUGAUAUUGACCUACGGGGUUUUUGGAGGUUAGUCAUUUUAUGUUAGGGAAAAUGGUGGUAUGUCGCUGCACAAGAAAACCAUUUUUAACGGUGUAUUCUGUCUGGUAAGAGAUUGGACACCACUUUUUAUUUAUCUGUUGUGAAACUGGUUUAGGGUUAGUUUCAAGGAUAGAACAACUAUAUCUUUUAGACUUGAAGUGAAACUGGUUAGGGUUAGUUUCAAGGACAGAACAACAAUUUCUUUUGGGUUGACGUAAAACUUGUUAGGGUUAGGGUUAGUUUCAAGGACAGAACAACAAUUUCUUUUGGGUUGACGUAAAACUUGUUAGGGUUAGUUUCAAGGAUACAACAAGAAUUUCUUUUAGACUUGAUGUGAAACUUGUUAGGGUUAGGGUUAGUUUCAAGGAUAGAACAACAAAUUUCUUUUAGAUUUGAUGUGAAACUGGUUAGGGUUAGUUUCAAGGAUAGAACAAGAAUUUCUUUUAGACUUGAUGUUAAACUGGUUAGGGUAAGUUAUAAGGAUAGAACAACAAUUUCUUUUAGACUUGAUGUGAAACUGGUUAGGGUAAGUUAUAAGUAUAGAACAACAAUUUCUUUUAGACUUGAUGUGAAACUUGUUAGGAUUAGGGUUAGUUUCAAGGAUAGAACAGCAAUUUCUUUUAGACUUGGUGUAAAACUUGUCAAAAGACAAGAAAGAAGAGAAACGCUUAGACUGAAAAAAUGUAGUGUAGUUUCAUCUGCAAGCAUGAUUGUUGAGUGUCGGCUGUAAAAUAAGUUUAACCUUUCAUUGUUGAAGCCACUUGUAAGAUUAGCUUACUCUUUCAUUGUUGAUAUAGCUUUAAAAUUAAGUUAACCUUUUAUUAUUGAUCUCAGCUGUAAGAUUAGGUUACUCUUACAUUGAUCAUCUCAACUGUAAGUUUCGGUUACCCUUUCAUUAUUGAUCUCAGCUGUAAGAUUAAGUUUAUCCUUUUCAUUGCUGAUCUCAGCUGUAAGAUUAUUUUUCCCUUUCAUUGUUCAUCUCAGUUGUAAGAUUAAGUUUACACUUUCAUUGUUCAUCUCAGCUUUAAGAUUAGUUUACCCUGUCAUUGUUGAUCUCAGCUGUAAUAUUUGUCUUUUGGAAUUAGUCUUUGUGCGUGUUUGAUCAUACUGCUACAUUUUUUAUUAUAUUGGUAAAUGUUUGAUUACAUUGGUACAUGUUGCUUUUAUGUUUUCAUCAACUUUAAAAACUGUAUUUAAUUACGAAGAUGGCUCAUCAUAUACAGAGUGUAACAAUUUCUAAAAGCCAAAAGCUUAGCCUUCAAUAAUUAUGUAAUUAUUUGCUCCCACCUUAUUACAUAUUGUAGUCGAUAUUGUGUGUCUCCUAAAUGAUUGAAUAUGUUAUCAACAUUGUCAUCCUUAUCCAGGUAUUGGGUUUGGAAUGAUGUACCUCCCUUCAGUCGUGGCCGUCAGUGUCUACUUUGAACGCAAGAGGGCGCUGGCUACCGGUAUUUCUGUUUGCGGGUCUGGCAUCGGCACCUUCCUCCUGGCACCCAUCACUGAGAUCAUUCUGCACGAGUACAACUGGAGCUGGGCGCUACUUAUUCUAGGUGCCAUCAUCCUCAACGGUGUUGUGUUUGGGGCGUUAGUCCGACCUCUGGAUUUUAGAUUCAGUGAAAAGUUUUAUGAAGAGGAUAAUAACAAGAACAGUGUGAAGGUCAUCAAAGGGAAAGAGAUGGAAGGAAGAGUGGGCUUCCCUUCAAACGGGGACAAGGGGCCGGAACUGCAACCCUUGAUAACCGUUACAGACGAGAAGGAAGCAGAGAAGUUAAAUCAUGAGAAAAAGAAACAAAGAACAGACCUUCUCAAUGUACCUGGACGGGGAGAUCAAAUAUUUGCAUCCACACCUGACAUUGGCCAGGUAGGUAUCAACACCUGACAUUGGCCAGGUCUAGCCACUGUUGAAAGGGUCAUGAUUUCUUGGUCAAAUUUAAAAGGAUUGUUCAGGUUUUUUUCUUAAACUAUUUGCUAUAUUUUAAAAUGUCAUCAAAUUGUUAGAGAACAAUUUUAUAAAAAUUGCUUUACAUAGUCUUCAAAAAGUGGCAUUUUUUAAAGAGUGUACAUUAAAAUUCAUAAAUUUGAAAAGUGUCUAAAAAUGUACAUGAAUCUCGGAAACAACACAGAAUCAACAUUUACAGACGCAUUUUCUUGCUCAUUACUGUAGACUUACGAGAUUCAGCUUGGUGUAGAUCCACCAUUUCUUUCCUGUAGGCGCCUUGAUUAAAACAUAAACUAUUAACAUUCAACAUUGUAUCAAUAUUUCUUUUUAUAAAGUUAUCACAUUAAUCUAAUCUAAUGGUUCAUUUGUUUAAAUUGCUAAGAUUACCAUCGUUGUUUAAAUUAUUUAUGUUGACUACAGUUGCUCGUCAGCCAAAUCAUGUCUCCCGGUCUUUGGCCAAUUCUCGCGUGGUUUAUCAAUGAAUUGAAUGUUCAGCCUCUCUAAUUCUCUGGGUAAAAAUACUUUCUAAAAUUAACUUUUCUUACAUGUUUCCCUUCUGCUCCAGUAUCGGGAGGUUAGACUUCAUUCUAUGUUAGUUCAGGCGGUCUUAUAAUGUCUUAUACAGUCUUAUAAUGUCUUAUAAUGUUUUCGUAAUUUUCUUUUCAAAAAAUAAUAAUAUUUUAUAACCAUGAGUUAUUUUGGUGGGGGUUUUUUUUUAAGUCUGGGAGUCGGAAAAAUUCCACACCGAGUGUGACCUUCCACGCAGAUGACCACCAGCCUCGCUUGAGAUCUAACACAUUCGACGCUUCCCGAAAUACACCAGCACCGGAUACUUCCGAUGUACUCAACAGGUCACAGAAGUCGGGUUUAAAUAAAUCUCACACCAGCAUGGCGUCCAACAGGAGUCAAUCCCAUGCUCCAUUGGGUAAGUGGUUAUGUGAAAAGAUUAGGGUAAGUGGUUAGGGUAGGGGUUAGGGUAAGUGGUUAAGGUAAGUUAUGCAAGAAUUGAAGAAAAUGUGUUAUGUGUUUGUGGGCAGACUGGGAACGAAUUGGGGGAAAUGUGUUAUGUGUUUGUGGGCAGACUGGGAACGAAUUGGGGGAAAUGUGUUAUGUGUUUGUGGGCAGACUGGGAACGAAUUGGGGGAAAUGUGUUAUGUGUUUGUGGGCAGACUGGGAACGAAUUGGGGGAAAUGUGUUAGUAGGUGUAAAUAAUUUUGUGAUGAUGUAGAGGGGGGGGGGUGAAAUCGUCUUACGAAUCGUGACGUCAUUUAUGUUUGUCCCCAUAUUUCAAGAUACAAUGAUACACAUCGGAAGCUCAGUAUCAAAGAUAAGGACUAGGACAUUAAGGUCUAAUUAAUGUUGAUAGAUCUAUGAAGUGUCACUCUUGGAAAUUAAAGUCUAAUUAAUGGGGAUAUGGCAAUGAAUUAAUUUGCUGGGACAUUAAGGUCUAAUUAAUUGGGAUAGAUUUAUGAAGUGUCACUCUGGGACAUUAAGGUCUAAUUAAUGGGGAUAGAGCAAUGAAUUAAUUUGCUGGGACAUUAAGGUCUAAUUAAUUGGGAUAGAUCUAUGAAGUGUCACUCUGGGACAUUAAGGUCUAAUUAAUGGGGAUAGAUCUAUGAAGUGUUCUGCGCCAUUUAAUUCGUUCUGAACGAAAUGUAGUGUUGAAAUUGUAAAAUUAAAACUAUGUUUUAAAUACAUAAUUGGAAUUAAUGAGAAAAAAGUUUGUUUCAUUGCGAUAGAUGACAGCGCUUAGAUGGGAGCAUUGAAUGUGAUAGAUGACAGCGUUGAAUGCGAUAAAUGGCAGGAUUGAAUGCGAUAUAUGGUAGCACUGAAUGCGAUAUAUGGUAGCACUGAAUGCGAUAUUUGGCAGUACUGAAAAAUCAAAACAUUGUUUUUAAAAUGUGUUUAUAUGUGAAGAUAUUUUUAAUGGCUUAGAAUUAAAUGCGACUUGAGCGUGGAUACAUUAAAAUCUUAUGGUUUAUCCUUACUUCCAUUUCAACACUUUAGUUAUGUGUUUAAAACUUUUUUUCUAACAAUGUGCAUUGUCCACGUGUAAAGUGAUCACCUAUCUUAGUGUGCUGACCUAUCUUAAUGUGGUGACCUAUCUUAAUGUGGUGACCUAUCUUAAUGUGCUGACCUAUCUUAAUGUGCUGACCUAUCUUAAUGUGGUGACCUAUCUUAAUGUGCUGACCUAUCUUAAUGUGGUGACCUAUCUUAAUGUGGUGACCUAUCUUAAUGUGCUGACCUAUCUUAAUGUGCUGACCUAUCUUAAUGUGGUGACCUAUCUCAAUGUGGUGACCUAUCUUAAUGUGGUGACCUAUCUUAAUGUGCUGACCUAUCUUAAUGUGGUGACCUAUCUUAAUGUGCUGACCUAUCUUAAUGUGGUGACCUAUCUCAAUGUGGUGACCUAUCUUAAUGUGGUGACCUUUCUUAAUGUGCUGACCUAUCUUAAUGUUCUGACCUAUCUUAAUGUGGUGACCUAUCUCAAUGUGGUGACCUAUCUUAAUGUGGUGACCUAUCUUAAUGUGCUGACCUAUCUUAAUGUGGGGACCUAUCUUAAAGUGCUGACCUAUCUUAAUGUGGUGACCUAUAUUAAUGUGGUGACCUAUCUUAAUGUGCUGACCUAUCUUAAGGUGCUGACCUAUCUUAAUGUGGUGACCUAUCUCAAUGUGGUGACCUAUCUUAAUGUGCUGAUCUAUCUUAAUGUGUUGACCUAUCUUAAUGUGCUGACCUAUCUUAAUGCACUGACCUAUCUUAAUGUGCUGACCUAUCUUAAUGUGCUGACCUAUCUUAAUGUGCUAACCUAUCUUAAUGUGGUGACCUAUCUUAAUGUGGUGACCUAUCUUAAUGUGCUGACCUAUCUUAAUGUGCUGACCUAUCUUAAUGUGGUGACCUAUCUUAAUGUGGUGACCUAUCUUAAUGUGCUGACCUAUCUUAAUGUUCUGACCUAUCUAUUUUGCAUGUUCCAAAUUUCAGGUCUUGCUUUUGUCAGUCUCUCGGACAUGCAGCUGAAUAAAAUACGAGAUGAAGUUCACGCGCCGGUAGGCCGGAAGGACAUUCACCUGUCCGGUACACUAGCCGAGCCCACCUGGGACAUUGACCUGCCCGGGGGCGGGGUUCCAGAUGGACUGGUCAUACAAAGCAUUGAGUGAGUGGACAUGGGAUCGGGAGUGGACAUGGGAUCGCGAGUGGACAUGGGAUCGGGAGUGGACAUGGGAUCGGGAGUAGAAUGGGAUGGGGAGUGGACAUGGGAUCAGUAGUAGACAUGGGAUCGAGAGUGGACAUGGGAUCCAGAGUGGACAUGAGAUCGGGAGUGGACUUGGGAUCGGGAGUUGACAUGGGAUCGGGUGUGGACAUGGGAUCGAGAGUGGACAUGGGAUCGGGAGUGGACAUGGGAUCGAGAGUGGAAUGGGAUGGGGAGUGGACAUGGGAUCAGUAUUAGACAUGGGAUCGAGAGUGGACAUGAGAUCGGGAGUGGACAUGGUAUUCAGAGUGGACAUGAGAUCUAGAGACCGACCGAAUGUGAUUUUCUAAUUUCGGCCGAAGCCGAAAAUAGGCCGAAAGUUUAAAAUGACUUUCGGUCGAAACCAAAAAAAUGCCGAAAGUUUAAAAAUGGCUUUCGGCCGAAACCGAAAAAAGGCCGAAAGUUACAACUAAAUUUUGGCCGAAACCGAAGCCGAAACCGAAGCCGAAACCAAAAAUGGAAUAUUAAUAUAUUUUGAAAUUCGUUCCCGCAUACAUUCUGCAUACAUCGAAAAUGAUGUGGGAAAGUAUAAAUAUUUACAUUCUUUUUAUAAAAAAAUUAGAUAUCGUGAAUAUUAAUAAAUAAACAUCUAAUAUAGGGGUCUCAAACUCGCGGCCCGCGAGCCAUUUGUGACCCGCAAGACGAUAUUUUGCGGCCCGCUACAUGACAGAAAAGUUUAGUGUAAAUGCGCCGGCGCGUUUCCCCCAUUCUCAUAUCUAUAACGUGACUCUCCGCGACGGUUUCAGUCGAAUCUCACCGAUUAGUCUAAUUCUGAUUUUUUAUAUUUUUUAAAAAUGUUUCUAUAUAUUUUUGUGUGCCCGGUCUCUGGCAACAGUGAGUAGUUCUUGAGAACCCUUAAUGAUUUUAUUGUUAUUUAUAUAGGUUGAACAGAUUGCAACUGUCGUAAUCGCUUUUUUUGUGGAUUACUUGAUGCGGCCCACUCUCAUUCAGACACUACCUCCUGUGCCCCCCUCGUCCCAUGAUUUGAGUUUGAGACGCUUUAUCUAAUGAACACUUUGGAUUUUACCAUUUUAAUAUAAAAGUAAUUUAAAUUGCUUUACAAUUUUUUUUUAAAUUAGUACGGUAGGAGAAAAUUUGGCUAAAAUUGGGGGGGGGGAGGAGGGGAAAUUAAUGCAAAAUAUAAUUUUUUUAAACAGGGUCUCUAAAAAAUUUGGUUCUAAAAGAUCGCUUAAUUUUUUUUUAAAGAUCGUUUAGUUGGUUGUUAUUGAUCGGUUAGUUUGUUCUUAAUGAUCGGUGAGUUUGUUGUUAAUGAUCGUUUAGUUUGUUGUUAAAGAUCGUUUAGUUUGUUGUUAAAGAUCGCUUAGUUUGUUGUUAAAGAUCGUUUUGGUUGUUCUUAAAGAUCGCUUAGUUUGUUGUUAAAGAUUGUUUAGUUUGUUGUUAAAGAUCGUUUAGUUUGUUGUUAAGAAUCGUUUAGUUUGUUGUUAAAGAUCGCUUAGUUUGUUGUUAAAGAUUGUUUAGUUUGUUCUUAAAGAUCGCUUAGUUUUUUGUUGAAGAUCUUUUAGUUUGUUAAUAAAGAUCGCUUAGUUUGUUGUUAAAGAUCGCUUAGUUUGUUGUAAAGAUCGCUUAGUUUUUUCAUAAAGAUCGCUUAGUUUGUUCUUAAAGAUAAUUAAUUUUGUUCCUUAAGAUCGCUUUGUUUGUUCUUAAAGAUCUUUUAGUUUGUUCCUAAAGAACAUUUAGUUUUCUGUUAAAGAUCGCUUAGUUUAUUCUUAUAAAUCAUUUAGUUUACUAAUUAAAGAUCAUUUGUUUUGUUCUUAAAGAUCAUUUAGUUCGGUCUUAAAAAUCAUUUAGUUUGUUCUAUUAGAGCGUUUAGUUUGUUAUUAAAGAUCGCUUAGAUAGUUCUUAAAGAUCGCUUAGUUUGUUUUAAAGAUCGUUUAGUUUGUUCUUAAAUGUCCCUUAGUUUGUUGUUAAAUAUCGCUUUCGCUGAGUAUUAAAAUGAAAUCCGGCCGAAAGUCUAAGUCAGUUUCGGCCGAAACCGAAGAAAAACCGAACGUUAACUUUUCUCUUUCGGCCGAAACCGAAAUUAAGCCGAAAUUUAACUUUUCAGUUUCGGCCGAAACCGAAACUUGGCGAAAGUGAUAAAAUGGCCACUUUCGGCGCCGAAACCGAAGCCGAAGCCGAAAUUCGGUUGGUCUCUAAUGAGAUCGGGAGUGGACAUGGGAUCGGGAGUUGACAUGGGAUCGGGAGUGGACAUGGGAUCGGGAGUGGACAUGGGAUCGAGAGUGGAUAUGGGAUCGGGAGUGGACAUUGGAUUCAGACUGGACAUGGGAUCGGACUGUUUAGAUUUCUUCAAAGGUUUUUCAUCUUGAUAUAAGAGAUAAAAUAAUUCAUGGCUUUAUCUAUAAGGACGAGAAUCUUUUCAAGAGACAGUGUAAUGCAAGUGGACAGUGGACGAUGGUCAAGGGCCGAUGUUUUAUAUACGAUUGAUAGGGGACUUCUAUUAAUUUAUCAAACUAAAAAUAAGGAGACUUUCAAGCUAAACAUAUGAAACAAAAAACUGUCGUCCCACAUUUCAAAUUAGAAUGACAUGUUUUAUCCAUCAUAUUUCUACGUCCCCCGUGAAGGUCAGGGUAUCAUAUUUCUACGUCCCCGGUGAAGGUCAGGGUAUCAUAUUUCUACGUCCCCGUGAAGGUCAGGGUAUCAUAUUUCUACGUCCCCGGUGAAGGUCAGGGUAUCAUAUUUCUACGUCCCCGGUGAAGGUCAGGGUAUCAUAUUUCUACGUCCCCGGUGAAGGUCAGGGUAUCAUAUUUCUACGUCCCCGGUGAAGGUCAGCGUAUCAUAUUGCUACGUCCCUGAUGAAUAAGGUCAGGGUACGCCCCGAGGACAGGGUAUCUACAUCCCUGAUGAAGAAGGUCUGGGUAUCCUAUUGCUACGCUCCUGAUGGAGAAGGUCAGGGUACGCCCCGAGGUCAGGGUAUCUACGUCCCUGAUGAAGAAGGUCUGGGUAUCCUAUUGCUACGCUCCUGAUGGAGAAGGUCAGGGUACCAUUUUGCUACGCUCCUGAUGAAGGAGGUCAGGGUACCAUUUUGCUACGCUCCUGAUGAAGGAGCUCAGAAUACUAUUUUGCUACGCUCCUAAUGAAGGAGGUCAGGGUACCAUUGUGCUACGCUCCUGAUGAAGGAGGUCUGGGUUUACGAUUGCCCCAAGGGUAUAACUAUGAUGACAUUAUAAUGACACAUUGAUAGAGCUUGUGGUGGAAGCUAUUUUAAGAUGUUGCUAGAAAUGUUAGGCUACACAUCUCUGAUAAAAAUGUUAGGCUACACAUCUCUGAUAAAAAAUGUUAGGCUACACAUCUCUGAUAAAAAAUGUUAGGCUACACAUCUCUGAUAAAAAAGGUUAGGCUACACAUCUCUGAUAAAAAAUGUUAAGCUACACAUCUCUGAUAAAAAAUAUUAGGCUACACAUCUCUGAUAAAAAUUUUAGGCUACAUUAUGUUCUGGUCGCAUGACCAAUAAGUGUCACUUUGAUUAUAUCGAUCAAAAUAAUCUAUGCCAAGUUGUUAAUAGAAUAUGAUAUUACAGAGUUAUGCCCAGCAAAAAAGUUACGGGGAUCUGGGCAUGUCUACCAGACUCAGCCAGGGACACAAUAGAAGAGAUGUUGGACAUAAGUAUAUUGAAGGUAAUCAUUCAGUUUAGCCUAUCUCUCUGCCUGUCUCUUUCUAUGUGUGUGUGUGUGUGUGUCUCUCUGUCUAUACCUUUGUCUCUCUCUAUCUCUCUCUCUCUCUCUCUCUGUCUCUCUCUCUCUCUCUCUUUCUCUCACAAUCCAUUUCUCCCAUUUAAGCUCUUUCUUUCUCUCUUUCUCUCUUCAUUUUUCUCUCGCUAUCCUAUACACACAAUUUUCCUCUAAUACUGUAUGUCUUUUUAUCUAUGUUUCCUUCUCUCCGUGUCUGUUUCUGGUUCCUCUAUAUUUCCUUAUUUCCCUUCCUAUCUUAAUUUCUCAAAAUCUAUCAAUUCACUUAAAAUUGUUAUUGCUCAUUCCACUCUGAUUUUGGUAAACAUGUCAUAUUUUGUUUCUUUGUCUUUAUCUCCAUCUCUAUGUCCUAGGUCAAAAUUUCUCUUUCUCUCCUCUUUCUCAAUAACUUUUUUGUCAAUCCCUUUUAAAAUCUCUCCUUAGCUGAUAGUUUUCUUUACUCUCUCCCCUUCUCCUCUCUCUCUCUCUUUUUUUCUCUCUCUCUCUCUCUAUUUCUCUCUCUUAUGUCUAUAUCUAUUUCUACUGUGUAUGUGUUGCUUGUCAUUAGCUUUAAUAUCAACUGUCCCCAAUGCUAUACUGUGUCUGUGUUGUUUGUCAUAGCAAAUCAGCUCUAACAUCCAUUAUCCCAUAUGUUAUACUGUGUCUGUGUUGUUUGUCAUGGCCAAUUAGUUCUAACACCCAUUGUCCCCAAUGUUAUACUGUGUCUGUGUUGUUUGUCAUAGCAAAUUAGCUCUAACAUCCAUUAUCCCCAAUGCUAUACUGUGUCUGUGUUGUUUGUCCUGGCCAAUUAGUUCUAACACCCAUUGUCCUCAAUGUUCUACUGUGUCUGUGUUGUUUGUCAUGGCCAAUUAGUUCUAACACGCAUUAUCCUCAAUGUUCUACUGUGUCUGUGUUGUUUGUCAUGGCCAAUUAGUUCUAACACCCAUUGUCCUCAAUGUUCUACUGUGUCUGUGUUGUUUGUCAUGGCCAAUUAGUUCUAACACCCAUUGUCCUCAAUGUUCUACUGUGUCUGUGUUGUUUGUCAUGGCCAAUUAGUUCUAACACCCAUUGUCCUCAAUGUUCUACUGUGUCUGUGUUGUUUGUCAUGGCCAAUUAGUUCUAACACCCAUUGUCCCCAAUGUUAUACUGUGUCUGUGUUGUUUGUCAUGGCCAAUUAGUUCUAACACCCAUUGUCCCCAAUGUUAUACUGUGUAUGUGUUGUUUGUCAUGGCCAAUUAGUUCUAACACCAAUUGUCCUCAAUUUUCUACUGUGUCUGUGUUGUUUGUCAUAGCAAAUUAGUUCUAACACCCAUUGUCCUCAAUGUUCUACUGUGUCUGUGUUGUUUGUCAUGGCCAAUUAGUUCUAACCCCCAUUAUCCUCAAUGUUCUACUGUGUCUGUGUUGUUUGUCCUGGCCAAUUAGUUCUAACAGCCAUUGUCCUCAAUGUUCUACUGUGUCUAUGUUGUUUGUCCUGGCCAAUUAGUUCUAACCCCCAUUGUCCUCAAUGUUCUACUGUGUCUGUGUUGUUUGUCCUGGCCAAUUAGUUCUAACACCCAUUGUCCUCAAUGUUCUACUGUGUCUGUGUUGUUUGUCAUGGCCAAUUAGUUCUAACACCCAUUGUCCUCAAUGUUCUACUGUGUCUGUGUUGUUUGUUUUGGCCAAUUAGUUCUAACAUCCAUUGUCCUUAAUUUUCUACUGUGUCUGUGUUGUUUGUCAUGGCCAAUUAGUUCUAACACCCAUUGUCCUCAAUGUUAUACUGUGUCUGUGUUGUUUGUCAUGGCCAAUUAGUUCUAACACCCAUUGUCCUCAAUGUUCUACUGUGUCUAUGUUGUUUGUCAUGGCCAAUUAGUUCUAAAACCCAUUGUCCUCAAUGUUCUACUGUGUCUGUGUUGUUUGUCAUGGCCAAUUAGUUCUAACACCCAUUGUCCUCAAUGUUCUACUGUGUUUGUGUUGUUUGUCCUGGCCAAUUAGUUCUAAUACCCAUUGUCCUCAAUGUUCUACUGUGUCUAUGUUGUUUGUCAUGGCCAAUUAGUUCUAACACCCAUUGUCCUCAAUGUUCUACUGUGUCUGUGUUGUUUGUCAUGGCCAAUUAGUUCUAACACCCAUUGUCCUCAAUGUUCUACUGUGUCUGUGUUGUUUGUCAUGGCCAAUUAGUUCUAACACCCAUUGUCCUCAAUGUUCUACUGUGUCUGUGUUGUUUGUCAUGGCCAAUUAGUUCUAACACCCAUUGUCCCCAAUGUUAAACUGUGUCUGUGUUGUUUGUCCUGGCCAAUUAGUUCUAACCCCCAUUGUUCUCAAUGUUCUACUGUGUCUGUGUUGUUUGUCCUGGCCAAUUAGUUAUAACACCCAUUGUCCUCAAUGUUCUACUGUGUCUGUGUUGUUUGUCCUGCCCAAUUAGUUCUAACACCCAUUGUCCUCAAUGUUUUACUGUGUCUGUGUUGUUUGUCAUGGCCAAUUAGUUCUAACACCCAUUGUCCUAAAUGUUCUACUGUAUCUGUGUUGUUUGUCCUGGCCAAUUAGUUAUAUCACCCAUUAUCCUCAAUGUUCUACUGUGUCUGUGUUGUUUGUCCUGGCCAAUUAGUUCUAACACCCAUUGUCCUCAAUGUUCUACUGUGUCUGUGUUGUUUGUCAUGGCCAAUUAGUUCUAACACCCAUUGUCCUCAAUGUUCUACUAUGUCUGUGUUGUUUGUCCUGGCCAAUAAGCUCUAACACCCAUUGUCCCCAAUGUUAUACUGUGUCUGUGUUGUUUGUCAUAGCAAAUCAGCUCUAACAUCCAUUAUCCCCAAUGCUAUACUGUGUCUGUGUUGUUUGUCAUGGCCAAUUAGUUCUAACCCCCAUUGUCUUCAAUGUUCUACUGUGUCUGUGUUGUUUGUCCUGGCCAAUUAGCUCUAACACCCAUUGUCCCCAAUGUUAUACUGUGUCUGUGUUGUUUGUCAUAGCAAAUCAUCUCUAACAUCAAUUAUCCCCAAUGCCAUACUGUGUCUGUGUUGUUUGUCCUGGUUAAUUAGUUCUACUCCCCAUUGUCCUCAAUGUUCUACUGUGUCUGUGUUGUUUGUCAUGGCCAAUUAGUUCUAACACCCAUUGUCCUCAAUGUUCUACUGUGUCUGUGUUGUUUGCCCUGGCCAAUUAGUUCUAACACCCAUUGUCCUCAAUGUUCUACUGUGUCUGUGUUGUUUGUCCUGGCCAAUUAGUUCUAACCCCCAUUGUCCUCAAUGUUCUACUGUGUCUGUGUUGUUUGUCCUGGCCAAUUAGUUCUAACACCCAUUGUCCUCAAUGUUCUACUGUGUCUGUGUUGUUUGUCCUGGCCAAUUAGUUCUAACACCCAUUGUCCUCAAUGUUCUACUGUGUCUGUGUUGUUUGUCAUGGCCAAUUAGUUCUAACACCCAUUGUCCUCAAUGUUCUACUGUGUCUGUGUUGUUUGUCCUGGCCAAUUAGUUCUAACACCCAUUGUCCUCAAUGUUCUACUGUGUCUGUGUUGUUUGUCAUAGCAAAUCAGCUCUAACAUCCAUUAUCCCCAAUGCUAUACUGUGUCUGUGUUGUUUGUCAUGGCCAAUUAGUUCUAACACCCAUUGUCCUCAAUGUUCUACUGUGUCUGUGUUGUUUGUCAUGGCCAAUUAGUUCUAACACCCAUUGUCCCCAAGUUUCUACUUUGUCUGUUUUGUUUGUCCUGGCCAAUUAGUUCUAACACCCAUUGUCCCCAAUGUUCUACUGUGUCUGUGUUGUUUGUCCUGGCCAAUUAGUUCUAACACCCAUUGUCCCCAAUGUUCUACUAUGUCUGUGUUGUUUGUCAUGGCCAAUUAGUUCUAACCCUAACAUUGUCCUCAAUGUUCUACUCCCAGGACAGGCGAUACUGGUUUGUCUUACUUGGUAACUUCACUUGUAUGCUGGGCUUCUAUGUUCCAUUUGUCUAUGUCCCAGAGAGGGCACUGCUGUUGGGCAUUGGAGACGAGCAGGCUGCCUUUCUCCUUUCAAUCAUUGGUGAGUAGAAGGGGCAUCGUGCACAAGCGUAGGGCACUCUUUAAAACAUGCAUGUCUUGUAGUCAACCCCAUGCACUCUUUACAACAAAGAUGUCUUGUAGAUAAUUCAAUGCACUCUUUACAACAAAGAUGUCUUGUAGAUAAUUCAAUGCACUCUUUACAACAAAGAUGUCUUGUAGAUAAUUCAAUGCACUCUUUACAACAAAGAUGUCUUGUAGAUAAUUCAAUGCACUCUUUACAACAAAGAUGUCUUAUAGAUAAUUCAAUGCACUCUUUACAACAAAGAUGUCUUGUAGACAAACCGACGGGAACCAAGAUUUGAAACUGUUAAAUUGUCUAAAUAUUAAAAAUAACAAAAGGGAUAGGGCAUGCUUUCAUUAAACUAAAUCUGUCGCAUAUUUCAUAAACAUGUGCUGGGGUUCACCUGACGUAGAGGUCUUCCAUUGCCAUGUUUGUAUCCAUAGCAACAGGCCUGCACAACAAAUGGCCCCGCGAAGUAACGAAAUAUUCUUUUUAUUAUUUUUUCAUUAAUAGUUUUCCCCCUGUUUUUUUUUCCGCCCCAUCAAGUUUUUUUUUUUUAUAAGGUAUUAAAACAGUACGGCCCGCAAAGGUUUUCAUAAAACAGUACGGCCCGCAAAGGUUUUCAUAAAACAGUACGGCCCGCAAAGGUUUUCAUAAAACAGUACGGCCUGUUUAGGUUUUCAUAAAACAGUACGGCCCGCAUAGGUUUUCAUAAAACAGUACGGCCCGCACAGGUUUUCUUAAAACAGUACGGCCCGCACAGGUUUUCAUAAAACAGUACGGCCCGCACAGGUUUUCAUAAAACAGUACGGCCCGCACAGGUUUUCAUAAAACAGUACGGCCCGCACAGGUUUUCAUAAAACAGUACGGCCCGCACAGGUUUUCAUAAAACAGUACGGCCCGCACAGGUUUUCAUAAAACAGUAUGGCCUGCCUUACAUUUUGAGUUGUGCAGAUCUGCAUUACAACAUUGAUUGUCUGUUUAUAGAGCUCUUCCUUUACCGCGUGCGUAUCCGUUACAAUAUUUUGGCUUAAAUGAUACAGCUUUACGUGUAACUAGUAACGAUUAUACCAAAUACAACUUGCAUUCAUACUCGAAUGUAUAAUGUCAUUAAAAUAGUAUCGAUACCCACGCAAUACCACAUAAUAAUUUAAUGUUUACCACAUACUACUUCCAUCCAUGUUUACCACAUAAUAGUGCCAUGUUUACCACAUAAUACUUCUAUGUUUACCACAUAAUACUUCCAUGUUUACCACAUAAUAGUUCUAUGUUUACCACAUAAUAUUUCUAUGUUUACCACAUAAUACGUCUAUGUUUACCACAUAAUACUUCUAUGUUUACCACAUAAUACUUCCAUGUUUACCACAUAAUAGUUCCAUGUUUACCACAAAAUACUUCUAUGUUUACCACAUAAUGCUUCAUGUGUAACCACUCACAGCGUAUCGAUUCCUAAAGGUAUCACCAACACGAUCGGGCGAGUUGCCACUGGCAUCGUCAUCCACUUUUCACAGAUCAACGCUGCACUGGUCACCAUAGUCGCCCUUUGUCUGUGUGGUCUGAUGACCAUCGUCUGCCCACUGUGUCACUCAUACGGGGCAUUAGCAGCGGUGUCCGCCAUCUUUGGCUUGUGCGUUGGUAAGUCUCAUCUAGGUCCACAUUAUGAUAAGUGACAUGCCGCUGAACAUCCGGUCUAGUUCCUACGGCAACUAUCUUCUAAUACCAUACAAAUAAACUAUUCAAUGUUAAAAUUUGGUAAUUGUGGUUAUCAUCUUAUUGUUGGAAAUAUAUAAGUUGACCAAGAAACUCGCAGAAUCGUGUUAUAGACUUGAAACUGUUACGUCACAUAGGAUUGUGUUAUAGCCUUGAAACUGUUAUAUCACAUAGGAUUGUGUUAUAGACUUGAAACUGUUAAUUCACAUAUGAUUGUGUUAUAGACUUGAAACUGUUAUAUCACAUAGGAUUGUGUUAUAGACUUGAAACUGUUAUAUCACAUAGGAUUGUGUUAUAGACUUGAAACUUUUACGUCACAUAGGAUUGUGUUAUAGACUUGAAACUGUUAAGUCACAUAUGAUUGUUUUAUAGACUUGAAACUGUUAUAUCACAUAGGAUUGUGUUAUAGACUUGAAACUGUUAUAUCACAUAGGAUUGUGGUAUAGACUUGAAACUGUUAUAUCACAUAGGAUCGUGUUAUAGACUUGAAACUGUUAUAUCACAUAGGAUUGUGUUAUAGACUUGAAACUUUUACGUCACAUAGGAUUGCGUUAUAGACUUGAAACUGUUAUGUCACAUAGGAUUGUGUUAUAGUCUUGAAACUGUUAUGUCACAUAGGAUUGUGUUAUAGACUUGAUACUGUUAUAUGACAUAGGAUUGUGUUAUAGACUUGAAACUGUUAUAUCACAUAGGAUUGUGUUAUAGACUUGAAACUGUUAUAUCACAUAGGAUUGUGUUAUAGACUUGAAACUGUUAUAUCACAUAGGAUUGUGUUAUAGACUUGAAACUGUUAUAUCACAUAGGAUUGUGUUAUAGACUUGAAACUGUUAUAUCACAUAGGAUUGUGUUAUAGACUUGAAACUGUUAUAUCACAUAGGAUUGUGUUAGAGACUUGAAACUUUUACGUCACAUCACAUAGGAUUGUGUUAUAGACUUGAAACUGUUACGUCACAAAUUGCUUUGUCCCACAGCCGCCUACAUUUCUAUGUGUUCAAUUCUGCUGUGUGACCUUCUGGGGGUCAGCAAACUCACCAACGCCUUUGGGUUUGUAAUCUUGUUUAGGGGCAUCGCCUGUGUCAUAGGUCCACCCAUGGCAGGUUAGUACACUACAUGCCUCAUAACAUUUAUUAAUGUAGGUCCACCCAUGGCAGCUUAGUACACAACAUGCCUUCUAACAUUUAUAAAAGUGAUUAUAAUUUUGAACUCAAUUCUUCAAUUUCUACAUUUUUAAACACCAGCCAUUUCUCCAACUUGUAGAUUCGCAUUUUUUUUUUUAAAUAUUGUUUUUAUAUUUUAACAUUUGUUUAUUAGAACUUUUAGAAUAAAUGAUGAUUUAUUGUUUAGAACUUUCAGAAUAAAUGAGGAUUUUUUUUUUUUUUUGCAUUCAUAUUGCGUGUGUUUGUAUUGAUGGUAUUGUUUGUAAAAGUAUUUGAUAAUCAAGAACUGUUUGUUAGACCCAGUGAUGACGCCAGCACUCCUUUAGCUAAUGCUCACAUUUGUCAUUGUCAAACUAAUUUUGAUCAAUUAUUGUCAUGUCAAGUCCAGCGUUUUUCUGGCUCAUAAUAUUGAUUUUCUCAUUCCAGGUGCCAUUAUUGACUCCACUGGGGAGUUCGAUCAAGCUUUCUUUGUAGGUGGCGCCAUGAUCGUGAUAGGUGGGUUGUGCCACCUCAUGCUCUACAUACCAUGCAUUAGGAAUUACAAAAAGCUUAAUUUGGCCUAAUUCUUUGAUAAUGGCUUUUAAUAGCUCACCAUAGGACCAAUGUGGCUUGUAAUAGUCCAGCAUAGGACCAAUGUGGCUUUUAAUAGUCCAGCAUAGGACCAAUGUGGCUUGCAUAUUUAACAACUACUGAAACGACAGUGUCUACUUGAGGAUUUGUUUCAAUUUAACACCGGAAGUUGUGCUGAUUGGGCCAAUGAUUUAAAAGACUGCCAUAACAAAGGGAAUUAACUGUGGUUUGUGAAACUUGUUCAAAAGAAUGGGAUUGCAAAGGAAGAUAAAAGAUUUGCUAUUUAAAAAAAUCCCUUUCCAGAAUUUAAUUUUUUUUAAUUGAAAUGUAAGCCAAUGCAUUCUCAGCACCUUGUCAAUAUUUAGUGCUGUUUUAUUUGUAUACCUAUUUUGUAUACCUAUUUUGUAUAGGCUACCUAUUUUGUAUACCUAUUUUGUAUACCUAUUUUGUAUACCUAAAACAAAAGCCAAAAAUACAGGCAGAUCAGCGAGAAGAGCGAAAUAAAUUUAGAUUUUAUUUAGUUAAGUGUGAGUGGGAAAAAAUUAACUCAGUCGAUAUAUGUUUGUUUUUUUUAAAUUUAAAUUAAAUAGUUUGACAGAGUCUUAAAUAUAUUUGAUAUUGUUUAAAUGAUGCUUAAAUAAGUUGACUCCAUCUUACAGAAGGGGACUCCAUCUUAAAUAAGGCAACUUUAUCUUCAAUAAGUUAGCUCCAAAUUAAAGAAGGUAACUCUAUCUUAAAUACGUUGACUCCAAAUUAAAUAAAGUGACACCAUCUGAAAGAAUGUGAAUCAAAAAUGAUGUGGGGAAAAAUAUGAUAUUUUUGUAUUAUGAGGGAAGCUGAACCAUUUGUUCACGGCUCAAUUUCUUUGUGUACAUCUAAAACAUCCAGAUGUAUGUCUAGAAAAGGCGGCCCACAAAGAUACAUCGUAUGUGGAUACAUAAAUUUAUCAGUACACAGUUAAAUGUGUUAUAUGGUGUCAUUGUGCACAUAUAUUGCUCACUCUACCACUUAAAUUGAAAAAGGGCUAAUAAAUUAGAGAGGUGUUAAAGUUAAAGAUAUAAAAGUAAGAAUUACUGUCUAACACAGACAAGUAAAUGUAACAAUGUGAAAAAAAGACUGUGUGUGACACAGAGAAGGAGCUGUAAAGAUGUGAAAGAAAGACUGUGAGAUGCAGACACGGAUCUGUAAAGAUGUGAAAGAAAGAUUGUGUGACACAGAGAAGGAGGUGUAAAGAUGUGAAAGACAGACUGUGAGAUGCAGACACGGAUCUGUAAAGAUGUGAAAGACAGAUUGUGUGACACAGAGAAGGAGCUGUAAAGAUGUGAAAGAAAGACUGUGAGAUACAGACACGGAUCUGUAAAGAUGUGAAGGACAGAUUGUGUGACACAGAGAAGGAGCUGUAAAGAUGUGAAAGGCAGACUGCGUGACACAGAGAAAGAGAUAAGCCAAAACUAUUACUCUAAUUAUUGUUACCAUUGAGAUUAUUGUCAUUUCGUUCACCCCACACAUUUUAAACCCUUUUAAAUGUAUUUGAAGAGAGAUUUUUGAAUAUUUUUUGUAACUUUAGUAACACUUGUAUUGUUUCAGCUUAUUGGAACUAAUUCUGUCAAUGUUUUACUUUACUAAUUCUGUCAAUGUUUUACUGUACUAUUUCUGUCAAUGUUUUACUGUACUAUGUCUGUCAAUGUUUUAUUGUACUAAUUCUGUCUAUGUUUUUACUGUACUAAUUAGGUCUAAGUUUUACUGUACUAAUUCUGUCAAUGUUUUACUGUACCAACAGCACCAAAGGAUUCAUUCCAUAACAGAUUACUUACUUUAAGAAAGUACUGACAGCACCAAAGGACUCAUUCCAUAGACAGAUUACUUACUUUAACAAAGUACUGACAGCACCAAAGGACUCAUUCCAUAGACAGAUUACUUACUUUAACAAAGUACUGACAGCACCAAAGGACUCAUUCCAUAGACAGAUUACUUACUUUAACAAAGUACCGACAGAACCAAGGGACUCAUUCCAUAUACAGAUUACUUACUUUAACAAAGUACCGACAGCACCAAAGGACUCAUUCCAUAGACAGAUUACUUACUUUAACAAAGCACCGACAGCAUCAAAGGACUUAAUUCCCUGCUUUAUUCUCUGCAUGUUUCACACAUUUUAGGUCUAACUUUUCCUUUGUAUCAAAUGCAUGUAUUAUUUUAUUAUUUUAUUCUUAUCAUUUCAUUUGUCUUUCACAUCUCAGCUGUGAGGUAUUUCAUCUUACAGCUGUGAUGCCUUUCACAUCUCAGAUGUGAUGUCUUUCACAUUUCAGCAGAGAUAUCUUUCACAUCUCAACUGGUAGGUCUUCCAGAACCAACAUGAGAUUAUAUUUUAAGGACAAGAAUGGGAUCAUACACUACAAUCAAGUUGGUUUCAGUCCAUAAAAAUGUAUGUAGCUGUGAUAUCCACAUUAGGUGUUGUUGAUGGUUAAUAAUAUAUUAUGCAUUCAAUAUUAUUAUAAUUUUUGAAAAUUAAUUUUUAAAGUGUGUAAUACAUAAAUAAUGAAUACAAACAGUUGUUAUUAUUUAAAGGAACACUCUUCAAAUUAUAUUUAUGUAUAUCAUUUUUUCAUUUUUUUAAGUGUGUAUUGUUAUUUCCAAACUAUUGGUUUAUUUUGUUUAAGUUGAUUUACUUCCUGUACUGUAUUGUUUAUGUAGAUCUUUGUGUUAUUUUAUUCAUUAUUUACAUUUCUGUAUAUCGUUAAUGUUUAUAUUAUUGAUAGAUAUCACUCUAUAGAGGAGGCUUUCAUUGUAAGCAUGCUCACUGGCUUAUUAGUGAUAUCAGCCAUCAUGGUAAACAAAUGCUGUGAAGCAUAUACAAAAGUCUUUGGCAUAUUAUAAUUGUUGGAACAUAUCAUAAUUGUUGGAACAUAUUAUAAUUGUUGGAACAUAUCUAAUUGUUGAAACAUUAUAUGAAAAAUGGUUGGUGUAUCAUUUGCUAGCUGGAGUACAUUAUUUUAAAAGAAAAAUAUUAACAUUGAAGUGAUUGCCAUCACUGGUUCAAUAUAUGCAUCCGAUAGUUAUUAGUACAUUAGUUCUUAUGGUCAUACUAUUAUAUCUACAAAAUAAACAAGGGGUCAUCUUUAUAAAUAAGAAUUUUGAAUUGUAUUGAAAUUAAGUAGUUACAAUUAACCAUAAGGAACAAUUUGUACAUUAAGGCAUGGAUUAAAUUAUUUUAUAAAUUCAAAUCUGUCCUUUUGAAUGAAACAUAUACAAGUGGAAUCAUCCCGGUGCUUUCAGUUAUUCUUUUGACCAAAAUUUAUUCCAUUCUAAGAUUUGACUUGUAUCUACAUACUGAUUAAGACUGAAAAGAAAUGAUAAUCCCUGUCCUUUUAAAUCCUAACAUUUUAUGCUUCACAUUAUAAAAGGAUUAUAUGAUUAUAUCUAAAUCAUGACAAUGUUCUCAUGAUAUAGAUUAGGCCCUAUAUCUAAGUCAUGAUAAUGUUCUUGUAACAUUGUAGUUUUGUAAAGAUUUUUUUUUUUGACAUACAUAAGUGUGGCUUUUGAAUUAUAACUUGCAUUAGUUUUUUUAAAUAUUGAUCAUUUUUAUUUUACAAAGCUUGUUGCAAUUGUUUUAUUGCUAUCAAUCUAAUAAUACAAACAAAUAUUUUCCAUAGUGUUUGAAGAAAAAUGUUAAUGACAAGCACAAAAUGAAAUAAAAUAUUUUUUUCUCUCAAUUUAUAAAUAGUUCUAAUAAAUAAAUAAAAGAUUUUUAUUACAAAUAAUACAAUCUUGUUAUUUUUUGUCAUAAAAAAGUAUCAUUUAUUAAUACAAAAAUUAGCUAGAGCAUUUGUAGGUAGUAGUAGUCAUGACAGACAUUCAUUCACUGCCUAGUAGUAACUGGAUCUAAACACUGCCUUUAUGCCAUAGUUUCUUGUGCUUAAACACUUUGUUGUAAGGAUUAUUUUAUAGAUUUGCCAAAC